CUGGAUCUGAUGCAGUUGAAGACUUGUUGCCGCUUUGUUUUCGGUAGUGGUGAGAAGAACAACGGUCGGGCCAGGAAUACAGCUGCGUAUAAUUGCAAGGAACAUGCAAAAGAUGAUGAUCAAUAUCAAACAUUUUUAAGCCAAUAGAGAUAGACGUCGACGUCGUGGUGCCUUAGCCUAGUAAAAGAGCCAUUCCGGAAGCAAAAAUUAUCGAUCUUAGACGAUAAAACCUUAAUCGUAAUCCUAAGUGUGAGUCUAGAAAUAAUUUAUUUGAAAUUGACGCUGAGAGGCUUGUGAAUUUUUUCAACGAACCAUACAGCCCCCGCCGGCAUUUCACUGGCAGCACGGUGUACAUGUGAUGUAGGAUCCAUUUUUGGAGCAGGGCAGCUACAGUUUUGUCGUAAGGCGAAAAAGUUACCUUUUAAUCAUGAUGUUACUUCAACCCGGGCGAGACCAUUGUUGUUCUCGACGGCUUUUAUUGGCCUUUCUACCUAAGAGUUGAAACUAGUUGCAACUCUUUCUUUUAAUAUCCUGCUGCCACCACACAACUACAUCAACAAAAUGACGAAGCGUCUCGCCAGGGGCGAUGACUUGUACGAUUUAAGCAACAGCCUGAUCCUGCUUUUUGCCAUCUUGCUCCUGCUCUACGGGGUGAAAGGCGCCAUCCGGGCGUGGCGGGCCUGCUUGAAAUGCCGCAUUUUGAUGCGGGCCUUCGGGUUUUUCGACCUGAAAGCCCGACAAAAUGCGUACGACAACACGGAGGAGGGAAAGCGGAAAAAGCGCGCUUGCACUUGCUGCUUCCGAACUUGUAGUUCCAGGUGUUGCGAGCGACAGCCAGCAGAUGAUAGCCCAGACGACAUUCGUCUUCGACCCGGGGCGGGCCGCACGACGCAGAGUCAACUGCUACGGCAGCGUGGCCAAGUUCUAGAAGCAGGAGAUGUACAGAAAAAGCCUCUCCUGCAAAGCGGCGCCUCCAAUUAUGAUUAUGCUGACGCACGGCGGAACACGAAAUCCACCGCCGCUCCCUACAGUGACUACAAUUUUGACACCAGAAACAGAAGCUUCAUCGAUUCCCAAUUCAGUGACGCAGCUCCUGCGCCGACCAUCCAUCCCGAAGAGGGGAUCAGUAUCUACACCUCAGCAGGCGCAGGAGCUCCUGGCCCUGGCGCACCAGCUUCUAUAAGACCGACCCCUCCGACAGAGAGAGAAAAGGCCGACUGCAUCCGCAACAUUCUUUCCUACGGCGAACUGCAUAUUUCCGAGAUGAAUGCGGACCAGGACGAGGUACAAUCCCACGUGUGGAAGGGUUUUUGGCUGACCGCGUGCAUUUUUUUCGGGUUGGUCCGCUUCCAAGACAUGAACUACAUGUCGCGGGAGCUACUUGAUUUGUCCGGCGGGUACGACACCGGGACGGUGUUCGCACCCCCGGCGAUUUGCAUCCGCUACUUGCUGGAUGUAACUCGGCAGUUCCUUUUGGUCACCGGACUGCUAUUCGCCGUGUUCAUUCCGCGGGCGCGACGAAAGGACUACUGGGUCUAUGACUUGCCGAAGGACGUGUCGCAGGAGGAACUCGAUUUGCUGUUGCGAAACCGCAACGUUGGCUGGAUCGCGUCCGAUUCCUGGCACGGGUUCGCCGCAGGGCUGGCGGGCGCGAAUGGGGGGAUUAGUACACUCUGUCUGAUCUCGGACAUCUGGGCGAGGUGGACGAUAGGUACAUAUUUAUCACCAGUACGUGUGGUUUUUUUCCUCUUCUUUUCUCAUAUGAAUGUUGCUUAUUGUGAUGCUGUUUAUCUUUGUGCUCUGGCUCUCACAAUUGCGAAAAAAUGAAAAAUUAUGUCGAAAAAAACAAUUUUUCCCCCGAGUGCGGUUUUUAGCAAGGGGUAUUCUGGCGACCCGGGUUGCGAUCCUUCUUUAUUGGUACUCGCGCGGCUAGCACAACUGGUAGUGCACCCGGUCGACCUCUCUGGAAGCAGGUAGUACGAAAAGAUCUAACUGUGGCGCACCUCCGGGUGCGCGUCGGGGCCGCGCACCUCCGGGAUCGAUCCUCAACAGGGAAACGAGGUGGAAUGGGGGGCGGUAGUCGAGCCGCUCAGGAGAAGGAACAAAAAAUCGCGGAGUGAUCCCCGCACCACCUGAAACAGAUCCACAAUGCUUCAGAGAGUUACUAGCGCUACCAUGGGGCAGGACUGGGGGGUGCAGGUUCGAAUCCUGCAACGCGCAUUUUUUUGCGAAGAAUCUUGUUCUCUGUGCGAUAAGACGAAGAGGAAGGCGAAGAUCAUCAUAACAUAAAAAAAAUACUCUACAUACAAAUAACACCAUCAGGCAUUGAUCCCUACGGGUUUAUCCACGAGCGACGGCAGGGUCUCGGCCUCCUCGGAGAAAACACACCCGGGCAAGCCGCACCGGAACCCUUUGAGCAGUUCAACCCGUUUGCGCAGUGUCACGACCGCCAGUGGACCGAGGGCUUUAUGUGUUUCAUGAAGUGCGCCCCCUUCGCGCCGGGCGAGAAAAUUUGGUACUUCUGCCUCGCGUUCCGGACUUGGCUGAUGGUAUAGUUUGGGUUUUAACCUUGACUUUGUUUCUUGGUACUGCGCAUACUUACUUGAGUCGAAAACGAAAUUUCAGUCUAAGUUGUACUCAGUUGCUGCAUUCCUUCUGCAGAAGAACGCUAAUUAUUUUUGCAGCUUCGUCUUCAUCUUCUGGGCAACUAACUCGGGAACAACUUCACUUUAUCAGGUCCUCUAUUUUGCCUCAGUGUAUACGAUGCAGAAGAAGUUUUCGAGUGUGGAGAUCGGCAGCACGGCCUUUUACCGCGGGUUCCGCGCGGAGCUCGCGAUCAUCAAGAUUGCCGCCUGGGAAACCGUGUUUAUCGCGUUCGGCGUGUGGUACACACCGCAAGGUCUGUACGACUACCUGAAUUGGGGCGGUAUGGGGAGCCUGCAGAUCAUGCUGGCCGUCUUCUCCCUCUUCGUGGCGAUUAAGGUGUUACACGACAGCUUCUACUGCUCUUGGGAUAUCUUCUGUGACUUCGAGUAUUCGGAGGAAAUCCUCGCGUGGAAGUUCGACCACAGCUGGAGAGACUUCGAGGAAAGCUUGUCCAAGGGGUUGGUAAGCAUCCACGGAACGAGAACGACACACCCACCAAGGGGCGCCAUCGAGCUCGAAGAGCUAUUGCACAUGCCUCCCGACGAAUUGGAAAUCAACCAGGUAUUACUCUACAAGGCCCGACCGAGCAUGACCACGCCCGUGGCCGGCGCCAUGGGCAGGUUCGCGACGACGCCUACUUUAGCAGGAGGAACUCGAACUACGACAGUGUUCGAAGGAACUAGUACAAGAGAAAUAGGGCAGCAAAGUACUAGAAACAUAACCGGCGAUAAUUACGACCCGACUGGCAGAAGUAAAAGGAUCUUGUUCCCGGAUCCACCUGGAGUUGUAGUAACGCCCACGAUAUCCGUUGUGGAUGAUCAUCACCAAGAUUAUUCGGCGAGUGACGCCGCGAAUACAACUAAAGCUCGGAUGAAUAAGCAACAAAGUCGGACUUUUGAACCCAGCUCCUCAACUAUCACAAGGAAAAAUCCCCCCUCCCCAUAUCGAAACGAAGUUUCUGAUGCUGGAUUUGCGUACACAAAUCAGGUCUGUCUUGCUGGAGAGGACUGCAGGCAUAUGCCAAGCCUCGGUCGAGAGGUUUUGGCCUAGGCGCUUAGCAUGAGAAACGUCUAUGCUGUAGGCCCAACAGCAUCACAAACCGCCUGCAUAAUGCGGCAGAGCCUGUGGGAUUGUCUUCUUGCAAGACAGGCGUGAUUUGUGGUCUCAAAUCAGCAAGACAAAUUUUCGGAAACAUACCUUUUCGAUAUGGGGAGGGGGGAUUUUUCCUCUCAGUAUCAACCUCAUUCGGAGAACUACGAGGAGCAGGAAGCAAUUUCCCAGUAGUCCCCCAACAAGCUAUGUCUUCAACGGUCGUUAGCGUACAGAAGUGUGAAUUUGCAGUGAAUUUGUAUUGCAUGACUUGCAUUUACUUGAAAGAGAAGAGCGCUAGCGCUACGUAUUAGACACACGAGCCCAAGCAUCCCACAUAGCCUGAAGGGCUGCUCGUCGCGUGGUGGCGCUUGCAGCACCAAAAGAGGCGGUCUUGCGGGGGCUCGCCGGGCUGUGUAGUGCGUAUCUAUCGACCAGAGAAGGUGGGUCGGGGGGCUCUUAUUCUUCUGCGCGUCUGCCUCAGAAGUUCCUCUCCGAAAUGGUCGAAAGGGAGGGCGACGCCUGAACACAGGGGCACUAGUUCAACACGUGCGCCCUCACGAGUUGUGGUUGUGGCUUGGAAUUGGGUAUCUGGGAGCAGCCUCGGGUGGAAGGGGAGGCACGAUUCGGCCGCGGACGCUAGCUUGCUUCGCCUGCUGUGCUCGGCUCACAACUCCCCACGUGUCUUUUUGCCUCCGGAGCAAGUCUUAUUCGACGUGAUCCCCAGGUCAAGAAUUCCCUUGGUGAAUUUUGGGACUUUUUGUUUUGGCGACACUUUGUUGAAGCCCCAAAGCCCGGAGUUUCUCACGCGCUCGCGAAUUUUGAAAAGGAGCCGGAGGACAAAAUUCACCGGCGUCCUUUUCAAAAUUCACCCCAAAAUUCACCGAGCGCCACUUUUCGAUCGUGAUAAGCAAAGUUUAGCGCAGAAAAGUGCUCAAAAAAACGCACAAGUAGACCCUGGGAAGUGGGGCCGAGGGGAAAAGACAGGCGCCCGCUGUUGCCCUAAGCGCCUCUAUAUUCUGCCGAAAAGGCCGGGAGAGUUCACGCGCCUGCCGGAUAGACGCGUCAAAGCUCUCGGCCGGGUCCUUUCGCCUUUGCUUCCGCGCCUUCAUCUUGCCUAAACUGCGCUUAUGUGCUUCGCGGCUCUUGUUUUUGGCGUGUUUGCCGCGGCUGCUGCAGUGCUUGCUCUUUUGCAAGCACAGGAAGACGAAAAGACAUGGCCAAAGAAUGACGCCCGGGCCAUGACAUGGCCCGGGCGUCAUAAGCCUGGACAACUAACUUCUGCGGUGUGCAGAACCCACUUCCCAGAAGAGCAAAAGGGACAAUGUCCCGGCAGUCUCCUCUGCUAUUUGUCAUGCAAAAUUCACUACAAACUCACCACUUCUCAUGCUAACGGGUGUUAAAGCUCUAAACCCAGCUCCUCAACCUCAUUCGGAGAACUACGAGUAUGCUGUGCAAAAGUAUCGUACUCGUAUAAAUGCAUUACAAAUUGCAUCAGCAUGACAAAAAGAAUUUGUCAUGCUGUUUUCGAUUGGGAUGGAGAUUUGUAAUGCAUAAUUGCAAUUCAUACGAGUACGAUACUUUUGCACAGGAUAACGAGGAGCAGGAAGCAAUUUCCCAGUAGUCCCCCAACAAGCAGUAUCCAAGAAAAAAACGUUGUUAGUGUAAAUCUGUGAUGCGCAACAUGCAAGACGAUUGCGUCUGUCAUGCUUGGCAUGCAUCGUAGGGUCCAAUAAAGGGCGUUUUCGCGUACUAUCUGCGCAUGACAGGUUUUUGCUGUCAUGCCAGACAUAUUUGUAAUGCUGUUCCUCCAAAGAAGUUACACCUACAAUGUUUUUUUCUUGGAUAAGCAGGUCAGCCUCUCCUGCAGCCCGGCUUGGAGCUUUCUUUCUCGCCACCUCAAGGCCCCCGCCGCUAUUCGAACGCAUACUAUCCAAUACAGAACCAAUCUGGCCAGACCAACGCUUCAGGAAUUAUGGAGCAGCAAGACAGGAUGAAUUUAAAUUUAACCUCCUCGCAGGCGAAGCGGAGACUCCAAAACGACAACCCGUGGCUUGACGCGCAGUUAGUUCGCGCGCUCUCUAUCCGGGAUGUGUCUCAACAGCAAGGACUCGUGGCCCAAGGAAUCAACGGUAAUAUGGUCGUGCCGCAAAGUAAUAGUGGGACGUAUUUCAUUGCAGCAGAAGUAGAAGAUGUUGGAGCUCCUGCUGGUGGUGUGAUGGAGUACACCACUAGUACACGACGCGCAGAGGAGCAGCAACAUCAGCAACCUGAAGGAGAGCAGGCCCCGUUGGAGGAGGACUUUCUACUUCCAAAAAUUUGAUGACGCAGCUCCCUGCUUUUGAAAUAUAAAAUUUUGGAGUACUACACGAAAGAAAAAUCACGAUGUCGUGUAAGUUUCUGACUCGAGGUUGUCGUCUAACAUUUUGACCACAAGUAGCUUAGUACGAGGAGAUCGCAUAGAAGUUUUAACUCCUCACUCGUGUAUGAUGCUGUUGAGGAUGAAAUCGUGCAAAUUUAGGUCAAUCAAACGAAGUAAGUGUCUUUUAUUUGACCUAAGCGACAUAUACGACAACGACUACGACAAGAACGUACUAGGUGCAGGUAGUUGUACCCACUGGUAUUACAACCAAGAUGCAGCUCUCAGUGAGCUUGCCAGCCAACAAGCCCUGUACUAGAAAAUGAAAAUAGAAGCGAUUCGCGCAAAAAAGACAGCCUCCUUGCUGCGCCAAGAAAAGAAAGGCCCAGGCUCCGAU